ACUAUGUUGUUUCUAUUGUCUUGUUGUUCUUGUUGGACUUCUACAAAAAAAAAUAUGAAAAUCUCUAGCAGACUUUGAGUUUGAAGGGAGAUGAAAAAGAGAAUCAACCAAUAUAUAAAAGAAGAAUUUUCUCAGACACUUGAUUUUUGUGAACAGUUUUCAGUUUCACUCUAUAUUUGUACCAGUGAUCUCACACCUAAAUUGAAUCUGCAAAAGAAAUAUUUGAUGUCCUUACAAGAUGGCUGAUGGGAAGGAUAUUCGACCACUUGUUAUUGACUACGGAACUAAAACGAGCAAGGCCGGGUUUGCUGGGGAUGAUUCUCCAAAGGUUGUUUUCAAAAGUAUAGUUGGUCGUCCUCGUCACACUGGCGUCAUGGUUGGGAUGGGACAAAAAGAUGCCUAUGUAGGUGAUGAGGCUAUUCGUAAAAGAGGUAUUUUGACUCUGAGAUAUCCCAUUGAACAUGGCAUAGUAAGAAAUUGGGAUGAUAUGGAGAAAAUCUUGCAUCACGCAUUAUACAAUGAGCUCCGUGUUGCACCCGAGGAGCAUCCCGUUCUUCUGACUGAGCCACCACUUAACCCCAAGCCAAACAGAGAGAAAAUGACUCUAAUCAUGUUUGAGACAUUCAAUGCUCCAGCCAUCUAUUUUGCAGUCCAGGCUGUUCUCUCGUUGUAUACUAGUGGUCGUACAACUGGUAUUGUGGUUGAUUCUGGUGAUAGUGUGAGCCACACUGUCCCCAUCUAUGAGGGACAUGCACUUCCCCAUGCUAUCUCGCGGUUAGAUCUUGGUGGUGAUGAUCUUACAUGUUAUCUUGCAAAGAUUCUCGACGAGAGUGGUUACACAUUUAAGUAUAGGGUUGAAAGAGAUGUUUUUUGUCGUAUGAAGGAGACAACUGGUUAUGUUGCACUGGAUUUUGAAAAAGAGAUUGAGGAAGCAAAGAAAUACAUCUCAUCAGUUGAGAAGGGCUAUGAGCUUCCUGAUGGUGAAGUCAUUAAUAUUGGUGUUGAGAGGUUCCGUUGCCCUGAAAUCCUCUUCCAACCGUCAUUGGUUGGAAUGGAAGGGAUAGGAAUUCAUGAAAAAGCCUACAACUCAAUCUUGAGAUGCGUUGUUGAUAUUAGGAAAAAUCUAUUUUCAAACAUUGUGCUAAGUGGUGGAUCAACUAUGUUUCCUGGCAUAGCAGAACGUCUGAGCAAGGAAAUCACCGUUCUUGCUCCAAGCGGCAUGAAGAUCAAGGUUGUUGCACCCCCUGAGAGGAAGUAUGUUGCCUGGAUUGGAGGAUCAAUUCUAGCUUCUCUCUGUACUUUCGAACAAAUGUGUAUAACAAAGGGCGAGUUUGAUGAAUAUGGUCCUUUAUUAUUGUCCACAGGAAGUGUCCCUAAGCUUGGUGAUAUGAAUGGGUGCCAAUAUAGUUUGGAAAUUAAAUAGGCAGAAGAAGCAUUUUGAUCCCACUUUCGCAAGAGAAAUAAGUGAACGUUACGUUGAUUGCAGACAUGUUUUCUGUUGGACUCAAUAGAGAAAGACAACACAACUUUUAACUGCAUACUGUACAGAUAGCUGAAAAAAGCAAGUCUCUUUCCAUGUUGUGUGUUUGACAUGGAUUCUUGUUCCUACGUUUUCUCUUUGUGUGUUUUAACAAUUUCACGUUUAUUGUUACUGCUGAUAUGUGAGUUACGCGUUUGCCACAAGUUUGAACUCUGCCAUAUAACAAAAAUCUGAUAUUUAAGUGGAGAAUAGAGGCUCAUUCCACGAGUUUCAAAUUA